GCUCAGACGCCAUCGACGGCUUUUUUUUUUCGAUUGCUGGCUUGUCUGGAUAAAUCUGGAUUAAUCUUACGCUACCUCCCCUUGCCCGCAAGAGCUGCACCAAACGCCAUCAUGCCUCGCAGCCAAACGCAACGGAGCGGUCCCAAAGACAGAGACCAGUCCUCCAAGAAACCGAGAGCCGCACCCAGGAAGAACAGGCCCGGAAAAUUCCUAAAUGCCUUUGCUAUUGCAGAAAGCGAAUAUAAACCAAAGCUGGGAUUUAAGCGCAGUCGUUUCGGCCAAGAAGAUGAACAGUUUAAGCGCAAGCGAAACAUUGGGCGAGACGCCGACGAGGAUUCGGACGGUCCGGAUCAAAGCAAGCGCCGUCGCACGGAGGACGAUGAUGCAUCGGACAUGGGAUCGAAUGCUGGUAGCGACGGCGAAGGACACCGGUGGAAGAUCGGUGAGGUCGAUAGUGACGACGACAGCGAGGUGGACAGUGACGAAGCGAUGGGCUCCAGCGAUGAGGAGAGAUUUGAAGGCUUCACUUUUCGCGGUAGCUCUACAAUGAAAAACCAACCGAAAAAGAAGGCGCCGGAGCGCAAAAAGCGCAGUCGUGAAAUCACUCUGUCUGAAGAUGUCGAAGAGUCGGAGGACGAUGACGAUCUUGACGAUGAUGAGGACGACCUCGGAGAGGAUGCCAUCGAUUUGACCGCUGCCUGGGACAUGAACAUGGCAGAAGAGGAAGAAGAGGAGAAGAAGAAGGCAAAGGCCAAGUCCAAGCAAUCGGUCGAAAGCGAUGAUUCAGAAGAAUAUGACUCCGAUAGCGAAAGCAGCGAUUCCGACAACAGCGACAAACUAUCACUUUCAGGAGAUGAACUCGAUGACGACGAGGCGGACGAACACGGUCUUUCAAAGCUACAGAGCUUUGUUAACUCCAUGAAUAACGAGAGCACUACCAAGACGACUCGAAGGACCGGUGGCAGCCAGGAACAAGGGACCCCGACGGAGUUUGGUUUGACAUCUACGCGAAAGCUCACCAUUGCCGAUCUUUUGCCAUCCAUUACAGACUCCCGUUUGAAGAGUUCGCUCAAGCAUGUCGACUCUGCUACAACCUCACACAAGAAAACGUCUGGUGUUCCAGGCAAGCUGGACGCGCCUCUUGCAAAACGUCAACAGGAUCGGCUGGACCGGGCGGCUGCAUAUGAAAAGAGCAGAGAGACUUUGGAUCGCUGGCUGGAGACGGUCAAGGAGAAUCGCCGAGCAGAGCAUCUUGUGUUCCCGUUGCCCGAUCCCGAAGCAAACCAGACGCAUCGGAUGGGUGCUGCUGAGCCGCGGACGGAUCUUGAAAGCACCAUUCACAACAUCCUUCAGGAGAGCGGACUUACCGAUGCCAAUGGAAAGUCAGCGGAGGAUCAGGUACAGGAUAUCGAAGAGCUACAGGCGCGGAAGCUGCCUAUUGAGGAAAUUAGAGCUCGUAGAGCAGAACUACGCAAGCGGCGCGAUUUGCUCUUCCGGGAAGAAGUACGAGCCAAGCGGAUCAAGAAGAUUAAGAGCAAGUCAUAUCGUCGUGUACACCGGAAGGAGCGAGAGAGGCUAGAGCAACAGGAACGAAAGGCUCUCAUAGAGGCUGGUGUGGACCUAGAUGAAGAGGAGAGGGAGAAGAACGAUCGACUGAGGGCGGAGGCCAGAAUGGGCUCUAAACACAAGGAGAGCAAAUGGGCGAAGAGCCUGAAGCAGACUGGUCGGACCGCCUGGGACGAGGAUGCUCGACGUGGUACGCAGGACCUGGCAUUACGGGAGGAAGAACUACGGAAGCGGAUUGAAGGAAAGAGCGUUACGAACGGCAACGAAGAUUAUCUCGGCUCGUCCAGUUCUGAGUCCGAAGACGAGGAAAACCCAUGGGACGAGGAGGCCGGGUCUGAUGUUGAAAAACGCAAGAUCCGCCAAAAGCUCAGCCAGCUCGAAGGAGGCGACGAGGCUGAUUUGGAGUUGAAGGGGCCCCAUGCCAAGCUUCUUUCUAUGAAAUUCAUGCAGAAUGCGGAUGCUGCUCGCAAGGCAGAGAAUGAUGCUGAGGUCCGACGACUCAACCGGGAGCUUCAUGGUGAAGAGUCUCAGUCUGAGGCAGAAUCUGAGAUGGGGCGACGGAAAUUCGGCCACUCAGAGAAGGCAAAGUCUGCAAAGGAAAGCAAAGCGAAGGCGCCCCGGAAUGAAUUUGAAGAGGCACCAGGAUCUGAUGACGAGGAGGCGCAAGAGGCGGAUCAAGAAGUUAAGAUCGUACUCGACCGUCCCGAGAAGAAAGGACCGUCCGCCUCCCAGAACAAGCCUCGUGCUCGUCCUCAAAAAGGAGCUGCCGAAGAACAGGAAUCUGAUGUCGAGGAGAACCCGUGGCUCGUCCAAACCAACAGAAACAACCGUCGCACAACAGGAAAUGAUUCACAACAGACCAUUGAUAUCACGCUAGAUGAUGCGAAGACUAGCAGCGCCAGUUCUAAGAAUGCGCCCAAAGCCCAGAAGGCAUCCGCCUCCAAGAAGAAGCCUGCCACAGAGGAGUACGACAGCGACGACGAGGACAGCGUGCCUGUGCUCCUCAAGAAUCAUGAUCUGGUGAAGAGGGCCUUUGCUGGAGACGAAGUUGUACAGGACUUCGAUCAAGAGAAGCUCGACACCAUCAAGGAGGAAGAUGAUCAAGUGAUUGAUAACACCCUCCCGGGAUGGGGUAGCUGGGCCGGUGAUGGUAUCAGCAAGAAACAGCAGAAGCGACAGAAACGUUUCCUCACCAAGGUCGAAGGAGUGAAACCGGAGGACCGGAAGGAUGCCAAGCUUUCCCGGGUCAUUAUCAAUGAGAAACGGGUCAAGAAGAACACCAAAUACAUGGCCACCCAGCUCCCUCACCCCUUCGAGACGAGGCAACAGUACGAGAGAUCGCUUCGGCUGCCAAUCGGCCCCGAAUGGUCUACCAAGGAAACUUUCCAGAAUGCAACCAAGCCACGCGUGAUGGUCAAGCAAGGCGUCAUCAAGCCGAUGUCGAAGCCUAUGGCUUAAGGUAUGAUAGAGUCUGGGUGCGAGUCGGUAAUGGGUGUAUGUGUGGACAGAUACAAGUGAUCUUGCUCGAGGUAGUUGUUGUAGAAUUAAGUUUGGUCAUGAUACCAAGUCAUUUCAAAGAUACUC